AUGAGUUCCGCGGCCGCGUCUUUGUCGUCUAUUGAGCAUGCGCUGUGGGCGUUCGUGGAGUCCUUGGCGGAGCCCCCCGCGACGCCCGCGCAGUCCGCAGAGACGCAAUUAGAGCGGAUCCAGCAGCAGGCACACGAUUUGUUGGCCAGGAGGCGCGAGGCCAACGGAACCGACGAGUCUCCAGCCGCCCCAGCUGCUGAAGUAGCUGCAGGCAAUGGAGAAGUCGAUGGGGAAGGCAGGAAGCAUGAGAACCGCGAAGCCACGACGACGACUGAGGCCGAGGAGAAGAUGUACGAGGCCGUGAACGAGCGCAUCGCUCGGCGCAUGAUCGACGGCGUGGAGCAGCCCAAUCGAGGCGCAGCAACAACCAGCAAUAGUGAGGACAAGAGCGACACGCUGUCCGAUUGCACGACAAUCACCGAGACCUCCAGCGUCUACGGGAUCCACAACACGUGGGUGGACCUCGCCACGCUCUACUCGCUGCCGUUCGUGAUGAGCGACAGCAAUCACCGCCUGAAACCUGUGCCGCCGCUUAAUAUUGCACAGGAGCAAAGCCACCUGAACAAGAUUUUCCAGGAAUGCCAGCGCGCAGUGCACACGAUGCGGGCGGUCGCGACGGUGGACGCACUUCGCAAAGUUCUGGAUCGUGGGGUUACCGUGCUGCACUUCAGUGGGCACGGCGGCCGCAUCGUUGGCCAAAGCCGGUAUCUCAUGUUCGAAGACACGCAAUGUUCUGGCCUAGCGCAUUUGGUGGACUCGGCUACCUUGCGGAAUAUAUUGAGCACUGGCACGAGUCCUUCUGUCGUUGAGGAGGUCAGUAGCAGCGAGAACAGUAUCUCGGUAGAAGUUGCGGAGGACGGCGUACCGCCAGCGAGUGAGCUGAGUUUGCCGUUACGAACACUAUCUCAAGUUUUGUCGUCUCGGAGCACGAAUAGUACGCUCAAGCUGGUAUUUGUGUCAUCCUGUGAUUCAAGGGAUAUCGGUGAAGUCUUCAUUCAAGCUGGGGUAGCCCACGUCGUGUGCGUGCGAUCAGAAGGUCGAGUACUUGACGAGUCGUCCGCCAUGUUUUCGUACUCGUUUUACCAUGCAGCUCUCACAGGGAAAACAGUUCAACAGGCAUUUGAGAUUGCGCGUGUUCGUGUGAGCGCGGAGAUGCGGAUCCCUGAUGGCGAAGGUGAUAAAUUCGUGUUGCUGGAAUCAUCUCAACUUCACGCUGAAACGUGUCCACUCUGGUUCGGUGGGGAAACGCCGCGGGCGAUUGAAGUGAAUUUCGUGGAGAAGAGCUGUAGCUGCAGUGCUUCUACGCAGCAGUUCGUGUUUUCCGACAUAUCGGUGGGCAAGUGGGUAGACGUAAGUCCGUUCAACAAGUUUAGCAAGACCCUCCCUGCUGUGUCAGAGUCGUUCGUGGGCAGAGAGCAGGAGCUGCACAUGCUGGCAGAGCUUGUUAACACGCGGCGACUCGUGACGCUGCGGGGACCUCCUGGAAUUGGCAAAAGUACGCUAUCGAUUAAGUUGGCUCAUUUCCUGGCUGACCGCAACGCAUUUCCAGAUGGAGUUGCUUUUAUUCGUUUGCGUGGCGUCCAGUCGCUGGAAGGAAUGGAGUCGGCUAUCAAGAGUGCUUUGUUCCCUGAAGGUGGUCGUGAAAAAGACAUGCCACUGGACCAAACGCUUGCCGAUAGAAAGGUUCUUCUGGUCAUGGACAACAUGGAAGACCCGGUCAAUGCGAAUCCGACGUCAACGCGCGACUUUCUCCUGCAAUUGCUGCAAAAUACGCCGUCGUUGUCGUUUUUGAUGACUGCGCGGCAAGCAAUGGGUGGCGGCAUCAAUUGGUUUGAUGAGAAGGUUGUGUCGCUCAAUCGGUUGUCGCACUACCACGCAGCAGAUCUGUUCAUCAAGAAGUCACCGCGUGCUCUGCUUGUCAAUGCCACCGAAGCGUCUGGCAAAGCUGAGAGCGUGGAAUACGAAAUCCCUAAUGGCAGGGGCGGAUCUCGUCGUGUGUUGAACGACCGAAACAUGCUCAACUCGCUUACGCGUAGUGGACGGGCGUCUCGAGUUUCGGAACAUGUUGAACGUAUGGAUGACCAAGCAGAGAUUAUGGCCGUAUGCGUUUCAUAUUCGACUUUCCCGUUUAUCGCAAGUUACGCUCGCAGUUUGCUUGGCAUGUACGACGGCGAUGGUGCAAAGAACGAAGUUUUGGAGUCUCUCUGUGUUGCUGAUCGAGACUUGUUCCUCUACAAUACCUCAAGGCACUUCCGGAAAGUCAGCUACUGGGUCUUUCAGCACAUUUGCACACUGACAAUUCAAUCCAGUGCUGCCUACUUGAUCUUGGAUUUGCACGAGUCGAACCUGUGGAUGAUCCUGGAUCUCCAUAUGCGCAUUAUUGAAGAGUGGCAAACAGAAAGCAAAGUAUCGUCGCCCAGGCCGACAAGAACGUCUUUAGACGCUGGUUCGACUGCAGAGAAUGUUAAUGGCGAGGUUAUCAACCUACGGGAGAAGAUCGCCGGAUAUGUGAUGGACGUAGCGUGCUACCUGGCGCAUUCUCUGUUCUUGUCGGGGCGCCACCGAGGUGCUUGGAAUGCAGCGAAUAAGGCUCUUCACAUCGCAAAGCAGCACAAGAAUCCUCUUUGUCAGGCGAACAUCCGCAAGUUGAUGGGUGUUCUACUCACAACCGAGACCAAGUUUGACGAGGCUAAAGCCCAAUUCGGUACGGCGCUCAUUCUGUACAAGACGGUGGGGAACAAGAUCGGCCAAGCUGCAUCUUUAAGCGCGAUCGGAAUGAUUCACUCUAGGAACGGCAAUUUACGAGGUGCACACAAUUGCUUCACGAAGGCUCUGACGCUGUACGAAUGGCACAAGCACUCUCUCGGACAGCUGAAUUGCCACCAGCGACUCGCAAACUUGGAGAAGAAACUACGCGAUGGCGAUGGCUCAGCUCACAAGAACGGACCCAACUCGGGCCAUAGCCAUCACUAUGCAGCAACACGGCGCUUGCAAGGCGACCUCAACCGAAAGCGCAACGGCGAGUACAUUGUCCGAUGGGUGGGGCACGAAACAAGUUUAUUGCUGGAAUUGCCGUCUGCAAUAGUCGAAGAUGACGCCCAAUCUCGUUCAGGGACUUUGACGACCUCUUCUCAAGGGCUGCCCUUCCCGCUUGGCACUACAGCCAAGGCCACCGCACCAGGUGUCACAAAUACUCCGAAGAAGGGAAAGCCCAGCUCACUCACUGAACAGAGUGAGAAGGACCGAACAAACUCUGCUGCGAUCACAAUUUCUACUUCGACAGCCUCGUCGACGAGCGCAAGUUCCAACGACGGGCAGGGUGACAAGUUCAAGAACAGCAGUUUUGCCAAGAGAAAAGAGUACGACAGCAACAUCCGGAAAUCCGCCGCGAUACCAACCAGUGCAAGCUCGAACUCAACAUCCGAGCCGUAG